AACAUGGCGCCCGUGGGGCAGGGCGGGUCCGGCGCUCCGCGGGCGAUGCGGGAGAGCGGCCGCCUCCCGGGGCGGAGUUUUCCGCUCCAUGGCUUAAGUGUGCGCGGGGCGGCGGGUCGCGGUGCUGCCAUGCUGUCCCCGGUGCUGUGGGCGCUGCUGCUGCUGACGCCCGCCGUGGUGGCGGUGUCGGAGCUGGGCGGCUGCGGGCCGUGCGAUGCGGCGCGGUGCCCGGCGCUGCCGCCGCGGGGCUGCCCGCUGGGCCGGGUGCGGGACGCCUGCGGGUGCUGCUGGCAGUGCGGGCGCGGCGAGGGCGAGGCGUGCGGCGGAGCCGGCGUCGGCGGCGGGCGCUGCGCCGCCGGGCUGGAGUGCGUGAAGAGCCGCAAGCGCCGCAAGGCGAAGGGCGCCCCGGGCCCCGCGGCCGCCUCCGGUCCCGCCGCCCCGGUCGGCGUGUGCGUGUGCAAGAGCCGCUACCCGGUGUGCGGCAGCGACGGGCUCACCUACGGCAGCGGCUGCCAGCUCCGCGCCGCCAGCCUGCGGGCACAGAGCCGCGGAGAGCCCGCCAUCAGCCAGCGCAGCAAGGGAGCCUGCGAGCAAGGACCCUCCAUUGUGACCCCUCCUAAGGACAUCUGGAAUGUGACAGGAGCACAGAUCUACCUGAGCUGUGAAGUCAUUGGCAUCCCAACCCCUGUCCUCACUUGGAACAAGAUCAUUCAAGGACAGUAUGGUAUCCAGAGAAUGGAGCUUCUGCCUGGUGACAGAGAAAAUCUGGCUAUUCAGACCCGAGGGGGCCCUGAGAAACAUGAAGUGACUGGCUGGGUACUGAUAUCUCCUCUGAGCAAAGAAGAUGCUGGAGAAUAUGAGUGUCACGCAUCGAAUGCCAAAGGAGAGGCAACAGCUUCUGCAAAAAUUCAUGUAGUGGAAACUCUGCAUGAAAUAGCCUUGACAAAGGAUGAUGGUGCAGAGCUGUGAUGUGAGGACUUUCACUUAUGUACCGUUUUAAGUGACACGAUGCAUUUGGAAUAAAAGCAACAGAUGAUUUGCUGGACAGAAUUUACAAGACUGUAGGUCCUCCAAGAAUCUUUUCUAUUUGCCAUUAAGGAAAUGGAGGACAAUCUUCUUUUUUCUUUAUAAACUGCAUUAGCACUUAGCACUUAUGUAUAUGUAAUGCUUGCUUGUGUAUAUUUACUAAAAAAAUAAAAAACAUAUAUAUUAAUUCAUAUCCCUUAAA